AUGCGCUUUUCCGCGUUCAUACCCGUCGUGUUCUGCACGGCUGCAUUCAUUCUCACUGUACUUUGCUUGUUCGCUGGCUCCAAGCCUAGCUUCAUGCCAGGCUAUGAUCUGCUCACCUUCAACGCAUCGCGGAUAGGCCACGAGGUCUUCAAUACCAGCGAGUCAUCGGACAAUCAGUGCCCUCGCAGCUUCUUCGACGAAGUUUCCAACGACAUUGAAUCGCGAGUCCAAGAUCGCCUGACCUCGAUUGCCCAAGACCUGGGCCUCCAUGACUUUUAUGCCGUCCACAUCAUGAGUUAUUGCGAAGGCUACUACACGCCUACGGCGGUACCCAACGCCACGGUACACAAAUCCGAGAUCCACCAGAACGUGACUGGCUGCGCCAACCGCACGGCCAUGUACAAUUUCGACGCAAAAGCCAUCAUCCAGCGCGAGCUCAACGAGACUGGUCACGGAGAAGUGUUUUCCAGAUUGAAUUGGUCGGAUGACCUCGACGACGGACUUUACGCGCUUCGUCUCACGGCAAGAGCAAUGUUCGUGCUGUAUUGUAUCGCGAUCGGCUUUAUCGGCAUCGCGCUGAUCUCGGCGGUCGUGAGCAUCCUCUUCGAAGGUCGACUGAGUGCAUUGUUCAACAUCAUCAUUGACUGGUUGGGAUUCAUGACCAUUGGAAUCGCAAGUGCGGUUGCGACGGCGGUUGCGGUCAAGGCCACGGAUGUGAUCAACAAGUACGGGGAUGAUAUCGGCAUCAGCGCGAAACGGGGAAACAAGUUCUUGAUCAUCACGUGGGUGGCCACUGGGCUGAUGCUUCUUUCGAGUAUGGUCUGGUGCUUUGCGUGUGUCAAGGGCCGCAAGAAUCGUGGACCGAGUGGAAAGCCUGGUGGACGGAAGUGGGGUUGA